AUGGGUCGGCCGUCGAUCCUCGUGAGCCAGCCGCACACGUCGCACGCCGUGGCCGCGGGCGCCGCCGCCGCCGCGGGCGCCGCCGUCGUCGACCCGGCGCGCUACCCCAUCGCGCCCCUGCGGCCGAACGCGGACACCGCCGCCGAGGCGCUCGAGCGGUCCCUCGCGGCCUUCGGCGCGGGCGAAGCGGAGCGCCGGCGGACGCGCGUCGAGGCCUACGGCGCCCCGCGGCCGCCGGCGAGCGGCGCCGGCGCCGGCGAGGUCGACGACUACGCGACGCUCCGCCGCGAGCGGCCCGCGGCGCCGCUCGACGUCGCGGCGUUCCUCGGGGCCGUCUCCGUCGGGCGCGUCGACGAGGCCCUCGACCAGCUCGCGGGCGCGUCCGUCCACGCGGCGGACGGCCGCCGGGCCGCGUCCGAGGCGUACGCGGCCGCGCGGCGCGACGCGGCCGCGGCCGCGGCCGCGCUGCGGCCCGGGCGCGGCGGCGCGGCCGCCGGGCGCCGGCGGCGGGCGCGGCCCGAGGACUCGACGCCGCGGCCGCCCUACCUGGCGCCCGCGCGGUCGGCGAGCGCCGGGGCCGACGUCGGGUCCCUCUUCGGCGAGUCGGCGUCGCUCGCGGGCUGCGCGCGCUACACGACGGACCCGACGCGGUCCACCGCCUUCCGCGGCGCCGUGCCCCGGCGCCGGCGGCCGCGGCCCGAGCCGGCGCUCGCCGCGGGGCCCGACGACGUCCGCGUCGACACGUUCGUCGCCGACGGCGACGGCGACGGCGACGCCGAGGAGCCGGCCGCGGCCGAGCGCGGCGCGGGCGCGCCCGAGGGCCGGGCGUCGCGGGCCAAGCUCGAGCGCGGGGCGUCGCGGGCCAAGCUCGAGCGCGGGGCGUCGCGGGGCAAGCUCGAGCGCGGGGCGUCGCGGGGCAAGCUCGAGCGCGGCGCGUCGCGGGGCAAGCUCGAGCGCGGGGCGUCGCGGGGCAAGCUCGUGCCCGUGCUCUGGUGGGGCGACGACGUCGCGAGGGACGACGAGGUGCCGCCGAGCGAGGCGGGCGGCGUCGCGGCGCCGGCCGCGGACGAGGCGCCGCCCGGGGACCUCUUCUGGGGCUUCGAGCCGCCGCCGGCGACGCCGCCGCGGUCGCCGCGCGGCGGCCCCCCGAGAUGGCUCACAUCGCCGCGGCGGCUCCUCGACGAGGCGGACCUCGAGGACGCGCGGGUGAUCGAGGCCGCGCGCGUCGACACGGCGGCCGCGACCGGGGCCAAGGCCUGCGAGGCGCGCGUCGUCGCCGCGCGGCGGGCUGCGGCCGUGCUCCUCGUCUACGUGCGCGCCGCGCGGCGCGAGUUCCCCGCGGCCGUGCUCGCCAAGGAGGCGGCGAAGUGGCACUCGCGCGCGGCCGCGGAUGACGUCAAAGGCCGCGAGCUCCGCAUCGAGGCGCUCGAGGAGCUGCGGGAGGCCGCGCGCCGGCCCAUCGAGGCGCUCAUCGCCCGGGCCAUGGCCGUCGUCGCCGACGCGCAGGAGGCCGUGGUGCGGGCGCCGCGCGCGAGGUCGCCGGCGGACGCGCGGCUCCUGGGCGCGGUCAACGUCGAGGACGCGCUCCGGGAGCGGCUCCGGUCGACGCUCAAGACGCACGACGUCCGCGUCGAGGCCGCGCGCGGCGACCUGCGCCUCGCGCGGGCGGCCUUCGCGGAGUGCCGCGCGGCGGAGCGCGCGGCGCGCGGCCGGUCCGGGAGCCUCGCGUUCGCGCAGCGGCUCCUCGGCCGCGCGCGGCGGCGGCUCGGGCGGCGCCGCGACCGCGGCCGCGUCGCGCUCAAGCUCCAGGCGCUCCAGCGGCGGCGGUCCGUCCAGCACCUCGUGGGCUGGCGCAUCCGCACGGCCCACGACGCGGGCGCGCGCGGGCCGGGCGACGCGGACGCGCGGUCCGACGCGCGGACGUUCGCGACGGAGGCGACGUGGGGGUCCGCGUCGACGGAGGCGCCGCCGCGGCCCCGCAAUGCCCGGCCGACGAUGCGGCCCAACGUCGGCGCGGCGAACCGCGAGGGCUUCCAGACGAACUACGCGGGCCGGACCUCCGCCGGCGCGCCCGCCCCCGCCGCGCCCGCGGGCGGCGGCGCGGCCGCGGCGCCCGAGGGCGACGCCGGCGCGCUCGCUCUCUACGGGUGGCGCCGGGGCGACUUCUGCCUCGCCGCGUGGGAGGACGGCCUCUGGUACCCGGGCCGCGUCGCGGAGGACGUCGGCGACGGGACCUACGACGUCGUCUUCAGCGACGGCGACUUCCGCGCGGGCGUGCCGGCGGAAGAGAUCGCGCCGCGCGACGACGACGGCGGCGACGGCGGCGGCGCGUACCUCGAGGGCGCGCCGCCCGACGAGUGGGAGGAGGUCGCGACCGACGACGGCGACAUCUACUACUGGAACACGGCCACGGGCGAGGCCGCGUGGGAGCGGCCGCGCGUCGAGGACCUCGUCGAGGAGCGGGUCCACAUCGACGAGUUCGGCAACGUCGUCGUCCGGAGCCGGGGAUGGGUGACGGGCCGCAUCUCCUACCUCCCCGCCGUGGCGACGCUCCGCGACGGCGAGCUGCGCGUCGUGUCCCACGCGUCGCGGCGCGGCGGCCGGCCGGCCUACGACAAGACCAUGGCCGUGCCCCGGGGCACGUCGACGGCGCGCGCGGGCCGGCCCGGGCGGCCGCACUCGCUCCGCGUCGUCGCGCCGCCGCCGCCCGGCGGCCGCAAGCCCAAGGUCCGCGAGCUCGACUGCCGCACGGGCGCGGGCGUCGCCUUCUGGGAGAGCGCCAUCGAGGACGCGCAGCGCGCGCCCGCGGCGCGGCGCGCGCGCGCGCGCGGCGCCGCGGCGGCGGACGACGCCGCCGCGCCGCGGCCGAGCGACGUCGAGGACCCGCGCGAGGCCUUCGUCGUCCGCGUCGACGCGCGGGAGCUCGCGGCGCUCCCCGCGCGGCUCGCGCUGCUCCGCGCGUCGGGCGCGCGCGCGGGCGGCCGGCGCCGCGGCGCCGACGACGCCUUCGCCGAGGACCUCGCGGCCGUCGUGACGCGCGACUUCACGCUCGCGUCGCUCGGCCGGUCCGUCGCGUACCUCGCGCGCGGCGGCGGCGUCGCGUCCGUCGGCGACGCGGCGCUCGCGCUCGUCGCCGUCAAGUGCGUGCGCCUCGUGGGCCUCGUGCCCCACGCGCUCGGCGAGCUCGCGCGCCUCAAGCGCGAGCGCGCGAACCUCAAGCGCUUCGCCUUCGGCGCGCUCCAGCUCCGGCUGCCGCUGCUCUCGGCCGUCGUCUGCGACCUCCUCGCCGCGCUCUGCAAGGAGAAGGAGGGCCUGCGGGUCGUCGACGCCGUUUUGGAUCGCGUCGACGGCGCCGCGCGCUUCGGCGACGCCGCGCUCGCCCGCGCGCCGCUCGCGCCCGCGGCGCCGCGCGGCGCCGCGGACGCGCGGCCGCCGCGCUACGCCGCGCUCGCGGACCUGCUCAACGCGCGCGGCGCCGACGCGCCGCUCGCCGCGGCGGCCGCGCGGCUCUUCGCCGCGACCUGCGACGCGGAGAAGACGCGGUCCGCGGCGCUCGCGCGCGGCGCGCUGUACUGCCGCGCGGCGAACGCCGUCGUGCGCGUCGCGCCCGCGGCCGCGGCGCCCAAGGCGACGCUCGCGAAGAGUGCGUCGCGGGACCGCGCGCCGGCGGCGCGGCGGCGGCGCGCGCCGCCGGACGUGCUCGCGCGCGCGGCCGCGGGCGCGGGCGGCGCGCGCGGCGAGGAGCACCGGUGCCCGCCGCUCCUCGCGAUCUCGCGCGCGGCCGCGGCCGCCGGGGACCCGGCCGCGCGCGCGCUCGGCGCCGCCGCGGACGCGCGCGGCCGCUCCCUCGCGGACCGCGCGAUGCGGGCCGCGUGGCUCGCAGGCGAUGCGCGCGCGGACGGCGUGCUCCGCGCGCUCGGCGAGGACCUCGAGGCCGACCGGGCGAGCCUCGGGGCCCGGCGGCGGCCCGCGGCGCCCGCGGCCGGCGACCCGCCGCGGCUCGCGGACGCGCUCCGGGCCAUGGACGGCGACCUCGUCUUCGGCGACGGCCUCGCGGAUCUCGACGCGCGGAUGACGCGCACGGUCGCGGACCGCCGCGCGGCGCGCGCGGAGCGGAGCCGCCUCGCGCAGCUCCACCGCGCGCGCGCGCGCGACGCCGCGGCGCGCCGCGACGGCCGCGCGGCGGCCGCCGCCGAGGCCGCGCGAACCGCGCCCGCCGCCGCGGCGCGCGACGACCCGCGGCUCGAGCGCUACGCGCGCAUGCUGAAGAUGCACGUGCCCUACGGCGCCGUGCGCGCGAAGAUGGCGGCGGAAGGCCUCGACGUCGCGCUCCUCGACGCGCCGGAGCCCGCCGCGGAGCCCGGCGCCGCGCCGCGCGCGGGCGGCGCGGUCCUCGCCAAGUACCUGAAGAUGCUCCAGAUGCACGUGCCCCGCGGCGCCGUCGAGAACAAGAUGCGCGCCGACGGCCUGGACCCGGCGCUCCUCGACGGCGGCGCGGGUUCAUCAUCGGCCCAAGCGGCCGACGCGGCCGUCGACGUCGCGGCCCCGGCCGUCGUCCGCCGGGGCCCGCCGCCGGGCUGCGAGCGGAAGCCGCGCGUCAAGACGCGCCGCGUCUACCUCGACUACGCCUCCGACGACGACGCGCUCGCGUCGGGCGACUGGUGGCGCGGCUUCGACGCGCCGCUCCGGUCCGAGGCGUCCGCGGACCUCGAAGACGUCUUCGGCCUCGUGGACCGCGGCGCGGCCGCCGCCGGCGCGGCGGCGCCGAAAAAGGCCCAGCCCGCGUCGAAGAAGCGGUCCCUCGUCACGGAGCUCUUCGGCGACCGCCGCGCCUUGGAGCUCAACGUGCUCCACGGCAACGUCCGCGCGCGGGACGACGCCGUCGUUGAAACGCUGCUCACGCUCGACGGCGGCCGCCUCGGGGCCCGCGCGCUCGCCGACGGCGUCGCGCGCUGCCUCGAGCCCCUCAAGGCCUUCUUCGCCGGCGAAUCGGAGAUCCGCGCGGUCCAGGCGGCCGUGCGCCGCGACGGCUUCCGCGACGCGGACGCGGCGCGGCUCCUCGCGCCGUCGCUCGACGCGCCGUCGGCGCUCUUCGCCGUCGUCGCCUGCGGCGUGCCCCGCUGCGCGGCCAAGGUCGGCUACCUCUGGCUCGAGGCGACCUACGCGGACCGCUGCGCGGAGCUCGUGGACGGCGGCGUCGCGCCGCUCAAGACCGCGGCGAACCAAUUGGCGGGCUCCUACGGCCUCCGGGACGUGCUCCGGACGGCGCUCGGCGUCGCCAACUUCGCGAACCACGGCACGGCCCGGGCCCAGCGGCCGGGCUACGUCGCGCGCCACGCGCGGGUCAAGCCCCAGGUGCUCCGCCGGGAGCUCGGCGGCCUCGCCGACGCGGCGCAGGCGACGUCGCGCGACGCGCUCGCCGAGGAGCUCCGCGCGCUCACGGCCGAGCGCCACGGCGCGGACGCGGAGCGCGAGCGCCUCGCGGCCGAGGGCUCCGCGGUCUCGGACCUCGCCGCGGCGCGCGUCGCGCGCGUCGUCGCGGACGUCGACGUCGACCUCGAGCGCGCGUCGCCCCGCGCCGUUUUUUUUCUUCUUCCCCGCGCGCGGCGCCCGCGCUCGAAGCCCCCGCUUCUUCUAGGCCUCGAGGCGGCGCUCCUCGACGUCAACGCGGACGUCGACGGCUGUGUGCAAAUCAACCAGUGA